UAUCGGCCUCGUUAUCGAAAGCGGCUUCCAAUUGCUCGGAAAUUCUCAGCUAUAUGGGGGACUUUGAUGGUGAGCAAAAAGAAUUGAUCAAGAAAUUGGUAAACUUUCGCAUGAUCGAUGGUAAAAGAACGAGAGUUCGUGCUAUUGUUUAUAAAACUUUUCACCGCCUAGCUCGAACUGAACGCGAUGUAAUAAAACUUAUGGUUGACGCCGUAGAUAAUAUAAAGCCAAUAUGCGAAGUGGUCAAAGUAGGAGUCGCAGGUACUAUUUAUGAUGUUCCUGGGAUUGUAGCCAGGGAUCGUCAACAAACCUUAGCUAUUCGUUGGAUCCUUGGAGCAGCUUUCAAACGACGUAUAAGCUACAGGAUAAGCUUAGAGAAAUGUUCAUUUGCUGAGAUACUGGAUGCUUACCGAAAGAGGGGAAUUUCACGUAAGAGAAGGGAGAAUCUUCAUGGACUGGCUUCCACCAAUCGGAGUUUCGCGCAUUUCAGAUGGUGGUAAAGUGAUACCACAUAAGGAGCUCUUCCUCAUUCAGUCAUACUCAACAAAAGUAAGAAAUGUUUGACCCGGAUCCUUUUUUCAUCUUCAUAUAGAAAGAAAAUCGGCCUUCCUCAUACUCCCCCCUUCAUUCAUAGAGUUGGAGGAAUCCACAAGAGG